AAAAAAGUAAUAGAAAUAAUAUCAAAAUGCCAAUCGAUUCUGCCUGGAUUUUCCGCAUUUGUUUAGUGACAACAGUGAUUUUAAUUUUAUUUGCCGAUACAUUAGGCUACGGUGGUGCAAAUGCUCGAAAGAAUGAUCAAAAGAAUGAAAAUAACGAAAAAUAUUCAGACGACAAAGAUCAAGAUUUAUUAGAUGAUUUAAAGGAAUCGCAAGACAAAAUCGAUUCAGAAGACAAAAUCGAUGUGAAAUUUCUUAAGAAAGCGUUUAACGAGAAACAAAGACUGGAACGAAAAAAGGCUUUUGAGAUUGUACAGCAAAGAUUGACAGAAUCCCUUCGAGAUCUAUGUCUUCCUAAACUGCUGUGUGAAAUAGCGGCAAAGCCAAUAUAUCUUUUGAGUGAUAAAGAGAAACAUGUUUUGUCAUUACUAAAAACAACCUCUCUUUCAAUUGUUGCCGACAAACCAUCAGUGUGGCAUUUCUCAUCUCAUAUGGGACAGUUACUUCGUCAUUCAGCUGAUACCAUGGGAGCACCAAUAGGAUGUGCUAUGUUAUGGCCAAACUGUCCAUAUAGUUCUGAUAAAUUAAUGAAAAUUUCAGCAAAAGUGAGGCUCCGGUGAUUUUUAAGCCGUCGAAAUCAUUUGCCUUUUUCUAGUCAUUCCACUCCAUUUUUAAUGACAUUUACACAAAUAUAUUUAUGUACAUCACAUUGUUUUUGUUAUAUAUUGAUUGAUAAUAAAUUGUUUAUGAAAAUGA